GCAGAGAAACACUGUGAGAGGAGGAAGACAGGGAAGCCGCCAUGUAGACGCUGACCAUGGCUCCGUAACGCCACAGGGGACACUAGAGAGUUCCCAAGCAUGAAUGCACACCCACAAGGCUGCUCAACACACACCUGGAAGCUGUUCCCUGUGUGCGUGUGUACAGACAGGAGGAAGAGAACACAAAAAUACCAGUGAACACAUUUUCCAUAAUCAAAGACAAAUCUAGGGGAUAUUUCUGCUUGGCUCUCAGCAUUCUCCACAGCCAUUGAGAAGUCUGACUGGUCUGGUUAGUCGGUUCUCAGACAUCGUGGAUACAAUUACAUGAAGGACACAUGGCAGAGGCCGGACAACACAAUGAGUUUAAACUCAGGGUACCAGAGAGGUUUGUGGGGGCUGAUGAAGGAAAAGAUGUUACCCUCUCAUGUCACCUCUCUCCUGAGACCAGUGCUGUUGCCAUGACGAUCAGGUGGUUUAAUGAGACAAAAUGUAUUUGCCUGUAUAAGAAUGGCCAGGUGAUAGAGGGGAGGGGCUAUGAGGGCAGAGUGAGUCUGGUCACCCAGGAGCUGAAGAAAGGCAACUUGUCUCUGAGGCUGAGAGACUACAAGCAUGAGUCAGUUAAAGGAGUGUACAUCUGUCAGGUCACCUCUGGAAGACAGAAGGAGGAGGAUACUGUGGGUCUAUGGAACAGGGCGUUAUUUGCUGCUAUUCCAGAACUAGCUGAACAUUAUUUACAAAGAGAGAGCCCAGGGGAGAAGAGGAGUAGAGAGGAAUCCGCUUGGUUACUUGAGAAUCAGAUGGACAGUAAACUAUUAGACCAACUACUAGAAGACAAACAAAAGAAAGAGAAGGAACUAGAGAGAGAGAUCAAUCAAAGGAAAGAGUUAGAGAAACAUCUGGAAUGUUUCAGACAUGAAAAGAGGGUGCCGGAAGAGAAACACAAGGAGAUCAAAACCACUGAGAGAGGAGAGAUCUCAGAAGCAGAACCCAAACUAACAAUCAGGGGGAGAUGCAGCAGGGAUCCACCUCCAAAGAUGGGGGGAGAGAGCAGCAGUCUUGUGUUUCUGGAGUCUCUGGAGCCUCUGGACCAGUGCACCAAUCAAGGCAAACUCGUGUGGAAGAAAAUCAAGUGAAAUGAGUAAUGAGGGGCCCGGCUGGAGGUGCUUGGGGUGUAGGUGUGUUACAGUCAGCCCUGAAACUAUGAUGGGUCGAAGUGAUUCACAGAGGGUUUCACAAUAACACACCAUUAUAAUCAGUUUUAUUUAUGGAGUCAGGUGGCUGAGCGGUAAGGGAAUUGGGAUAAUACUCAGAAAAUGAUGUUGUGUCCUUGGGCAAGGCA